UCGCGAGAUUUCGUUACUGCUGUCAUGGCUGCUUUGCAGAAGCUUCAAAAGUGUGUAGUGUCGCCCACCGGGAAGCACUCCGCUACGGUUAUCUUUCUGCACGGUGCAGGUGGCACUGGGCAAGAGUUAAGAACUUGGGUUCGAGAUGUGAUGAUGCCUGGUCUGACUUUUGCUCACAUCAGAGUCAUUUACCCCACAGCCCCAACAAGACCGUACACACCUAUGAACGGAGCCCUGUCCACCGUUUGGUUUGACCGUUACAAGAUCUCGUACGAGAGCCCAGAGAAUCUACAAUCUAUAGAUGCCAUGUGCAGCACCUUAGGCUCCAUCAUUCAGGAGGAAGUCAAUGCUGGGAUUCCCAAACAUCGCAUGAUCAUUGGGGGCUUCUCCAUGGGUGGCGCUAUGGCACUCCACUUGGCAUGUCGCCACCACCCUGAUAUUGCUGGGGUGUAUGCACUCUCCAGCUUCCUCAAUAAAGACUCCGUUGCUUUUCAGGCAGUAGAUGAGCGGGUCAGAGCGGAACACUACCUCCCGGAGUUGCUCCAGUGCCAUGGGACAAAUGAUGAGCUGGUGCCUCAUCAGUGGGGAGAUGACACAUCAAUGUUGCUGCAGAAGGCAGGGAUGAAAACCACUUUCCACUCCCUACCCGGUCUUUACCACCAACUCUCCCUGCCCGAAAUGGAGCUGCUGAAGGCGUGGAUUCUCCAAAAACUUCCACCUAGCACAUCCUGACCCCCAGUUAUCUUCUCAUUGCAUCAAAUGUUAGCAAUAAAUAUUUGUGCACCUAG